UAUCUACAUAACGCUGUACAAUAAAAUUCGGUUUACAAAUCCCCUUCAAAGAAAGAUGAGAAAUGCAGUCUCAUAUAAUUAAAUUUAAACUCAUACCAAGUAUUUUAUUUUAUAAAUUCCCAACUUCACCUACUUUUCUCUCUCUCCUACACAACUUCAUCUUACAAACUAUAUCCCAUUUCCUUAAAUUUAAAGAAAAAAAAAAGAACAAAAAAAAACAAAGCGUUGAAUUCAUGUUAACGAAGGAGGUUACAAUUCUUCAUCAGUUCAAGCGUGUGACGUACCCCCCUCCUUUCUCCCGCUUUCUUCACUUCUCAGCCCCAUUCUCUUUCAAUUGUGUAUACGAACAGAUUUAAUUCAAUUGUGUAAUUUAGAGCAUUACAAUUGUUGUUUAAUUGAUUAACAUGAGACCGUCAUCAUCAUCGAUAGGUAGUGGUAGUUCAAGGCGAUCGAGUUUCAACCGGAGCUUUCAACUUCCCGAUGAAGAAAUCGGCCUCGAUUACACCUCAUCGGUCGGUGGUGCAAUGCUGCCGGUGUUCCUCAACGAUCUCGGUCGAGCUUCGACGACGAUGAACAACGAUGACUUGGUCGAGGUAGAAUUGCAACUCGAGGAUGAUAAUAUUUAUAUUUGUAGUGUUACACCGAGAGCUACAACACCUAUGAGUGCUAGAGCUGAGGACGGCGCCUCCGCCUCUGGCGGCGGAGGUGGUGGUUUGUUGUCGAGGAGUUUGUCGGCUGCCUCGAAAUUUAAGAAGAAAUUUGGGUGGGGUUCUUCGAGAGCGUCGUCGGAAGCAGGGGACCAACCUCCGCUUCCGCCGCCGAUGACGGAGAGAGAGAAACGGAAAAUGAAAGCACAAUUACAAAGGACCACGUCGGGUGCCCAAAGGGCGUUGACGGGGUUACGUUUUAUUAGUAAAACGACGACGUGUUCGAGGACAGGAGGUGAUAGUGGUGAAGAGAUGUGGACACAGGUGGAAGCUAAAUUUGAUGCGUUAGCUCAGAAUGGGUUGCUUGCUAGGGAAGAUUUUGGGGCCUGCAUUGGGAUGGAUUCGAAAGAGUUCGCGGUGGGGAUAUUUGAUGCAUUAGCGAGGAGGAAGAGGCAGAGGUUAAGUAAAAUUUGUAAAGAUGAAUUGCAAGAUUUUUGGUUGCAACUCACUAAUCAAAGCUUUGAUGCCCGCCUUCAGAUUUUCUUCGACAUUGCAGACAGUAAUGAAGAUGGAAGAAUAACAAGAGACGAAGUCCAAGAGCUUAUUAUGCUUAGUGCUUCAGCAAAUAGGCUAUCAUCAUUGAAGGCACAAGCACAUGAAUAUGCAAACUUGAUCAUGGAAGAGCUAGACCCUGAAAACCUUGGUUACAUUGAGUUAUGGCAGUUAGAAGCAUUGCUGCUACAAAGAGAUGUAUACAUGGAGUAUAGCAGGCCACUGAGCACAGUAAGUGCAGGGUGGAGUCAAAACUUGAGCAAUAUCAGACCAGUAAGUAUGGUGCGAAAAGUAAGCUGCACAUUGCGGUGCCUCAUCCACGAAAACUGGCAGAGAGGGUGGAUUCUGUUGCUGUGGGUAACAGCCAUGUCUGCCCUCUUCAUCUGGAAGUUUCUUCAGUACAAGGAAAAGAAGGCGUUUCAGGUCAUGGGUUACUGCUUAUGCGCAGCAAAAGGAGCUGCGGAAACCCUUAAGUUUAACAUGGCUCUGAUCCUUCUUCCGGUUUCAAGGAACACCCUGACUUGGCUUCGAUCCACUCGAAUCAGAUGCUUCAUCCCUUUUGAUGAUAACAUCAAUUUCCACAAGAUGAUCGCGUGUGCUAUAGCAAUUGCAGUGGCACUUCAUGCAGGACUGCAUCUGACAUGUGAUUUCCCUCGGCUGGUUAACUCUUCUCCUGAGAAAUUUGCACUCAUAGCCACUGAUUUCCGCAACAAGAAGCCAACAUACUGGGAUCUUAUCAAAGGCAUCGAAGGAACUACAGGUAUUGCUAUGGUGGUUCUGAUGGCAAUCGCAUUCACAUUAGCAACAAGCCGGUUCAGAAGAAAUGUGGUGAAGCUACCAACACCUUUCAACAGAUUGGCAGGAUACAAUGCGUUUUGGUACUCUCACCAUUUGCUAGCUAUUGUAUAUAUCCUUCUUGUGGUUCAUGGAUUCUUCCUGUUCCUAGUAAAGGAUUGGACUAAAAAGACGACAUGGAUAUAUAUAGCUGUUCCACUCCUGGUUUAUAUAGCUGAACGAAGUUUGCGGACAUGUCGGUCAGAGAUUCGUUCAGUCAAACUCUUGAAGGUGUCAGAGCUUCCAGGGAAUGUCUUCAGCCUAGUGAUGUCAAAACCUCAAGGAUUCAAGUACAAAAGUGGACAGUACAUUUUCCUACAGUGUCCUGCCAUUUCGAAAUUUGAAUGGCACCCGUUUUCUAUCACCUCGGCACCAGGAGAUAACUAUCUCAGCGUUCACAUCAGGAUCGUAGGAGACUGGACACAAGAGCUAAGGCGGGUUUUUACUGAGGGUAAAAUGCCAGUUUCUUCCAUUGGCCGGCUAAAAUUUGGGGAAGAGGGUAACAUUUGUCAGAAAGGUUUACCUAGACUACAUGUUGAUGGACCUUAUGGCGCUCCAGCACAGGAAUACCAGAACUACGAUGUUUUGCUCCUCGUGGGACUAGGAAUAGGAGCAACGCCAUUUAUCAGCAUCCUGAAAGAUCUUCUAAACAAUGCAAGAGCUGCAACAGACUCAAACACCUCGAACACUGACUUGAGUAUAUCAGAUGACAGCUUAAGCAGUUUUGCAUCAACAAGUACAUCACAAAGCGGAAACAAAAGGCCUAUGAGAGUUAAGAGUGCACAUUUUUACUGGGUUACUAGGGAGGCAGGUUCCUUCGAGUGGUUCAAAGGGGUGAUGAAUGAAGUAGCAGAAAUGGAUCAUAAGGGUUUGAUCGAGAUGCACAACUACCUUACGAGCGUAUAUGAAGAGGGUGACGCAAGAUCAACCCUGCUUACGUUGGUCCAAGCUUUGACUCAUGCCAAGUAUGGUGUUGAUAUAUUAUCUGGUACCAGGGUGAAGACACACUUUGCAAGACCAGAUUGGAAAGAAGUGUUUGCUAAAAUAGCUAAAAAACAUCCAUACAGCACUAUAGGGGUUUUCUACUGCGGACGGCCAGUGUUAGCAAAAGAGUUGAAGAAAUUAGCACAUGAAAUGAGUCACAAGACAUCAACAAGGUUCGAGUUUCAUAAAGAGCAGUUUUAGAACAGAGAAUAUACAUAGCUUCCACCC